UUCAGCUCACAUGCUCCUCUGUUCGUACUGUAGCGAAUGCUCCCUCCAUGUCCCACUUUAGCUUGUGUGUUUCUGACCAGCUAAAAGCACAGAGAGAAACGUCUCCAACAUGAGGCGAUAUUUGAUGCUAAAAAGGAUUCCUCUGCCGUGGUCGAGGAGGGAUACCACGCAGAACGAGUUCAGUCCACUCAUACCGAAGGCGAGUUCUGCUAAAGAGGAUGCUGAGGAGCUUGGCAAUGUCACCGCUGAUUUUCAACAAGCAGGGCCAAAAAAUGAACUGGACAACAGCUCUGUGUUCACCAGCUUUCCACCCCACUACAGAUCUUCUUGGACGGACUAUUUCCUAAAAUACUUCCUGGUCCUAUGCAAUCUGGUGUUCACAGUUCUGGGCCUGGUGGUUCUUGGUGUGGGGAUGUGGGGCCUCAUCAGCAAAGAGUCGUUUGCUCAGGAGAAGAUCGGCAAUAUCGGGACUGACCCAAUGCUGAUACUUGUGACUUCAGGCUUUGUGCUGACUGUGCUCUGCCUGUCAGGCUGCGUGGGCGCCUUAAGAGAGAACUGCUCUUUACUGAAGCUGUUUUCUGCCGCUGUGCUGGUCCUCAUCACCGCCCAGGUGCUGGCCGCUAUUAUGGCCUACAGUCUACAAGAUCAGAUUGGAAACUACAUGCGGUCAGGGAUGUUAGCUGCCAUGGUGCGGUACCAGGAUGAUCUGGAUCUGAGGUUCAUCACGGAUGAGAUCCAGUCAAACCUGCAGUGCUGUGGGGCAGAUAACUACCGCGACUGGGAGCUCAACAUAUAUUACAACUGCUCAGCUCCAGGAGUUCUGGCCUGUGGCGUCCCUGCGACAUGCUGUGUGGACCCUUUGGAGAACGGCACAGUGUGGAACUCUCAGUGUGGUGUAGGAGCCCAGCAGCUGGAUGAGUUUAGCGCACAAAGUGUGAUCUUCCUGGGCGGUUGUCUGGGGGGAAUCUCACGCUGGGUCGAGCAGCACGAAGGUCUGAUCGGGACAGUUAUAAUCAUUGUACUGGGGGUCCAGAUUCUGACUCUGUUUAUCUCUACACGGCUAUUAGAAAGCAUCCAGUGGCAUAGAGUUAACAUGUAACAUGGGGUGAUGAAUUGUGUGCUGACACUUAAUGUAUUAACUGCUGUUGGAUAUCUACCUUGUUUGUGACUUGAAGUAAACAAACUGUACCCCCCUCAUAGAAAUAAAAUGCAUCAUUUUAUUUCUAUGCUACCCCCGAGACCAUAAGAACAAAAAUACUCAGAUGACUGUGUCUGUCCUGCCAGUGUAAAUAAAAAAUAACUACUUACUCUAAUGAAGCAA